AUGGCGGCGCACAAGCCCGUGGAGUGGGUGCAGGCCGUGGUGAACCGCUUCGACGAGCAGCUUCCAAUAAAGGCUUGCCAGCAGAAUACCCACACCAAAGUCAGCACGGAGCACAACAAGGAAUGUCUCAUCAACAUUUCCAAGUACAAGUUUUCCCUGGUCAUCAGUGGUCUCACCAAUAUAUUAAAAAAUGUUAAUAACAUGAGAAUAUUUGGAGAAACUGCUGAAAAGAAUUUAUAUCUAUCUCAGCUGAUUAUCUUGGAUACACUGGAAAAAUGUCUGGCAGGGCAACCGAAGGACACCAUGCGCCUGGACGAGACCAUGCUGGUGAAGCAGCUGCUGCCCGAGAUCUGCCACUUCAUCCACACCUACCGCGAGGGCAACCAGCACGCGGCCGAGCUGCGCAGCUCCGCCUCGGGCGUGCUCUUCUCGCUCAGCUGCAACAACUUCAACGCCGUCUUCAGCCGCAUCUCCACCAGAUUGCAGGAACUGACUGUUUGUUCAGAAGAUAAUGCUGAUGUUCAUGAUAUUGAACUUUUACAGUACAUCAGUGUGGAUUGUUCAAAACUCAAGCGACUCUUGCAAGAGACUGUAUUCAAGUUUAAAGCUCUAAAGAAAGUAGCUCAGUUAGCUGUUAUCAACAGCCUUGAGAAGGCAUUUUGGAACUGGGUGGAAAACUAUCCUGAUGAAUUCACCAAGCUGUACCAAACCCCCCAGACUGACAUGGCUGAUUGUGCUGAGAAGUUGUUUGAUUUAGUGGAUGGCUUUGCUGAAAGCACGAAACGUAAAGCAGCGGUGUGGCCACUGCAGAUCAUCCUCCUGGUCCUGUGUCCAGAGAUAAUCCAAGAUAUAGCAAAGGAUGUGGUAGAGGAAACUAAAAUGAACAAGAAGCUGUUCCUGGACAAUCUCAGGAAGGCCCUGGCAGGACACAGUGGGAGCAGGCAGCUGACUGAAAGUGCUGCUAUUGCUUGUGUUAAACUGUGCAAAGCAUCUACGUACAUCAACUGGGAAGAUAAUUCUGUCAUUUUCCUGCUAGUGCAGUCCAUGGUAGUAGAUCUUAAGAAUUUGCUGUUUAACCCAAGCAAACCUUUUUCAAGAGGCAAUCAGAAUGCAGAUGUAGACCUGAUGAUUGACUGCUUGGUUUCCUGCUUCCGCAUAAAUCCUCACAAUAACCAACACUUCAAGAUCUGCUUGGCACAGAAUUCCCCAUCAACAUUUCAUUAUGUGCUGGUAAAUUCACUCCACCGAAUCAUCACAAACUCGGCACUGGACUGGUGGCCGCGGAUCGACGCCGUGUACUGCCACGCCGUGGAGCUGCGCAGCAUGUUCAGCGACACGCUGCACCGCGCCAUGCAGGGCUGCGGGGCACACCCUGCCAUCCGCAUGACCCCGAGCCUUACAUUUAAGGAGAAAAUGACUAGCCUUAAAUUUAAAGAAAAACCUACUGAUUUGGAAACCAGAAGCUACAAGUUCUUGCUGCUGUCCUUGGUGAAACUGAUCCAUGCAGAUCCAAAGCUUUUGCUAUGUAACCCCAGGAAGCAGGGCCCCGACUCGCAGGGCAGCACGGCCGAGCUGAUCACGGGGCUGGUGCAGCUGGUGCCGCAGUCCAGCAUGCCCGACAUCGCCCAGGAGGCCAUGGAGGCCUUGCUGGUUCUGCACCAGUUGGACAGCAUUGACUUGUGGAAUCCCGAUGCUCCUAUAGAAACAUUCUGGGAGAUCAGUUCACAAAUGCUUUUUUAUAUCUGCAAGAAGCUCACAAGUCAUCAGAUGCUCAGCAGUACAGAAAUCCUCAAGUGGCUGCGAGAGAUUCUCAUCUGUAGGAAUAAAUUUCUGCUAAAAAACAAACAAUCAGACAGGAGUUCCUGCCACUUCCUUUUCCUUUAUGAUGUCUCUGGAAGUGGAACUAGUCAAAUUUCUCUUGACCAUGAGGAAAUGAUGCGCUGUGCACCAGGGGCUACCCUGAGGAAAGCGAAGGGGAAUUCUUCCAUAGAGAGCACUGCAGGCUGCAGCGGAACCCCCAUCUGCCGCCAGGCCCAGACCAAGCUGGAAGUGGCCUUGUACAUGUUCCUGUGGAGCCCAGACAUCGAGGCUGUCCUGGUGGCCAUGUCCUGCUUCCGUCACCUCUGUGAGGAGGCCGACAUCAGAUGUGGAGUAGAUGAGGUCUCAGUGCAUAAUUUUUUGCCAAACUACAACACUUUCAUGGAGUUUGCAUCUGUGAGCAACAUGAUGUCAACAGGGAGAGCAGCUCUUCAGAAGAGAGUGAUGGCGUUAUUGAGGCGCAUUGAACACCCCACUGCAGGCAACACAGAGGCCUGGGAGGAUACACAUGCAAAAUGGGAACAAGCUACAAAACUAAUCCUUAACUAUCCAAAGACCAAAAUGGAAGAUGGGCAGGUGACCGAGAGCCUGCACAAGACGAUCGUGAAGCGGCGGAUGUCGCACGUCAGCGGCGGCGGCUCCAUCGACCUGUCGGACACGGAGUCGCUGCAGGAGUGGAUCAACAUGACGGGGUUCCUGUGUGCCCUGGGCGGGGUGUGCCUGCAGCACCGCAGCAGCGCGGGGCUGGCCACCUACAGCCCCCCCAUGGGCCCCCUCAACGAGCGCAAGGGCUCCAUGAUCUCCAUGGUCUCCACCGAGGGCAGCGUGGAGACCCCGGUCAGCAAAUUCAUCGACCGCCUGCUCACGCUCAUGGUCUGCAACCACGAGAAGGUGGGGCUGCAGAUCCGCACCAACAUCAAAGACCUGGUGGGGCUGGAGCUCAGUCCAGCGCUCUAUCCCAUGCUCUUCAACAAACUGAAGAAUACCAUCAGCAAGUUCUUUGAUUCUCAAGGACAGGUCUUGUUAACUGACACCAACACACAAUUUGUAGAGCAAACCAUUGCUAUAAUGAAGAAUUUGCUUGACAAUCACACAGAAGGGAGCUCAGAACACCUUGGCCAAGCGAGCAUUGAGACAAUGAUGCUGAAUCUGGUUAGGUACGUGCGUGUGCUUGGAAAUCUGGUACAUGCCAUUCAAAUAAAAACAAAGCUCUGUCAGUUGGUAGAAGUAAUGAUGGAGAGGAGAGAUGACCUUUCAUUUUGUCAAGAAAUGAAAUUUAGGAACAAAAUGGUGGAAUAUUUGACAGACUGGGUAAUGGGAACAUCUAAUCAAGCAACAGAUGAGGAUGUGAAAUGCUUGACAAGAGAUUUGGACCAGGCAAGUAUGGAAGCAGUGGUCUCUCUUCUUGCUGGGCUUCCACUCCAGCCUGAAGAAGGAGAUGGUGUUGAGUUGAUGGAAGCAAAAUCUCAAUUAUUUCUCAAGUACUUCACGCUGUUCAUGAACCUGCUGAACGACUGCAGCGAGGCGGAGGAGGAGGGCGCGGCGGCGGGCGGGCGCAAGCGCGGCAUGUCGCGCCGGCUGGCGUCGCUGCGGCACUGCACCGUGCUGGCCAUGUCCAACCUGCUCAACGCCAACGUGGACAGCGGCCUCAUGCACUCCAUAGGCUUGGGCUAUCACAAAGACCUCCAGACCAGAGCCACCUUUAUGGAAGUCCUCACCAAGAUCCUGCAGCAGGGGACGGAGUUCGAUACCUUGGCAGAAACAGUGCUAGCAGAUCGCUUUGAGAGAUUGGUGGAGCUGGUUACAAUGAUGGGUGACCAGGGGGAGCUUCCUAUUGCUAUGGCUUUAGCCAAUGUGGUGCCUUGCUCUCAGUGGGAUGAGCUGGCUCGUGUCCUGGUCACACUCUUUGAUUCCCGGCACCUGCUCUACCAGCUCCUCUGGAAUAUGUUCUCAAAGGAGGUCGAGUUGGCAGACUCCAUGCAGACACUCUUCCGAGGAAACAGCUUAGCCAGUAAAAUAAUGACUUUCUGUUUUAAGGUCUAUGGUGCUACAUAUUUGCAGAAGCUGUUGGAACCCUUGCUGCGGACUGUGAUCACAUCCCCGGAGUGGCAGCAUGUCAGCUUUGAGGUGGAUCCAACAAGGCUGGAGCCCACAGAAAGCCUUGAAGAAAACCAGAGGAGUCUCUUGCAAAUGACAGACAAGUUUUUUCAGGCAAUCAUUAAUUCCUCCUCGGAGUUCCCACCCCAGCUGCGCAGUGUGUGCCAUUGUUUAUACCAGGCAACUUGCCACUCUCUACUGAAUAAAGCUACCGUAAAAGAAAAAAAGGAAAACAAAAAAUCAGUGGUGAGCCAGCGCUUCCCCCAGAACAGCAUCGGCGCCGUGGGCAGCGCCAUGUUCCUGCGCUUCAUCAACCCCGCCAUCGUGUCCCCGUACGAGGCGGGCAUCCUGGACAAGAAACCCCCGCCCCGCAUCGAGCGCGGCCUCAAGCUCAUGUCCAAGAUCCUUCAGAGCAUUGCCAACCACGUGCUGUUUACGAAAGAGGAGCACAUGCGGCCUUUCAAUGACUUUGUGAAGAGCAAUUUUGACGCGGCGCGAAGGUUUUUCCUGGACAUCGCGUCCGACUGCCCGGCCAGCGACACUGUCAACCACAGCCUGUCGUUCAUCAGCGACGGCAACGUGCUGGCCCUGCACCGCCUGCUCUGGAACAACCAGGAGAAAAUCGGCCAGUACCUGUCCAGCAACAGGGACCACAAGGCUGUUGGACGACGACCUUUUGACAAGAUGGCAACGCUUCUUGCCUACCUGGGGCCUCCUGAGCACAAACCUGUGGCAGAUACACAUUGGUCCAGCUUAAAUCUCACUAGUUCCAAGUUUGAAGAGUUUAUGACAAGGCAUCAGGUACAUGAGAAAGAGGAGUUCAAAGCACUGAAAACAUUAAAUAUUUUCUACCAAGCUGGGACAUCCAAAGUUGGCAAUCCUGUUUUCUACUACAUCGCUCGGCGGUUCAAGACUGGUCAGAUCAACGGGGAUUUGCUGAUCUACCACGUGCUGCUGACCCUGAAGCCAUACUAUGCAAAGCCAUAUGAAAUCGUGGUGGACCUCACACACGCUGGCCCCAGUAAUCGCUUUAAAACAGACUUUCUUUCUAAAUGGUUUGUAGUUUUUCCAGGCUUUGCUUAUGAAAAUGUUGCAGCAGUUUUUAUUUAUAACUGUAACUCUUGGGUCAGAGAAUACACCAAAUACCAUGAAAGGCUCUUGACAGGUUUGAAAGGGAGCAAAAGGCUUGUUUUCAUAGACUCUCCAGGGAAGCUGGCAGAGCACAUCGAACACGACCAGCAGAAACUCCCAGCAGCUACCUUGGCUUUGGAGGAGGACUUGAAAGUGUUUCACAAUGCUCUCAAACUGGCUCAUAAAGACACCAAAGUUUCUAUUAAAGUUGGCUCCACCGCGGUGCAGGUGACGUCGGCAGAGCGCACGCGGGUGCUGGGCCAGACCGUGUUCCUCAACGACAUCUACUACGCCUCUGAGAUCGAGGAGAUCUGCCUGGUGGACGAGAACCAGUUCACCCUGACCAUUGCCAACCAGGGCACCCCGCUCACCUUCAUGCACCAGGAGUGCGAGGCCAUCGUCAGGUCCAUCAUCCACAUCCGCACGCGCUGGGAGCUCUCGCAGCCCGACUCCAUCCCCCAGCACACCAAGAUCCGCCCCAAGGACGUGCCCGGGACGCUGCUCAACAUCGCCCUGCUCAACCUGGGCAGCUCCGACCCCAGCCUGCGGUCUGCUGCCUAUAAUCUUCUAUGUGCCUUAACCUGUACCUUUAAUUUAAAGAUUGAGGGCCAGUUACUGGAAACUUCAGGUCUGUGUAUUCCUGCCAACAACACACUAUUUAUUGUAUCUAUCAGUAAGACUCUUGCAGCAAACGAGCCACACCUCACCUUGGAGUUCUUGGAGGAGUGUAUUUCAGGAUUUAGCAAAUCCAGCAUUGAGCUGAAGCACCUGUGCCUGGAGUACAUGACCCCCUGGCUGUCCAACCUGGUGCGCUUCUGCAAGCACAACGACGACGCCAAGCGCCAGCGCGUCACCGCCAUCCUGGACAAGCUCAUCACCAUGACCAUCAACGAGAAGCAGAUGUACCCUUCCAUCCAGGCCAAGAUAUGGGGCAGCCUGGGACAGAUAACAGAUCUCCUGGAUGUAGUGCUGGACAGUUUCAUCAAAACCAGUGCCACGGGGGGCUUGGGCUCCAUCAAAGCUGAGGUGAUGGCAGACACAGCUGUAGCACUGGCUUCUGGCAAUGUCAAACUGGUGUCAAGCAAAGUGAUUGGGAGGAUGUGUAAAAUCAUUGACAAGACCUGUCUGUCCCCCACACCCACGCUGGAGCAGCACCUGAUGUGGGAUGACAUUGCCAUUCUGGCUCGGUACAUGCUCAUGCUCUCCUUCAACAACUCCCUGGACGUGGCUGCACAUCUGCCCUACCUCUUCCACGUGGUGACGCUGCUGGUGGCCACGGGGCCCCUGUCCCUCAGAGCUUCCACUCAUGGGCUCGUCAUCAACAUCAUUCACUCUCUUUGCACUUGCUCACAGCUUCACUUCAGUGAGGAGACCAAGCAAGUUUUAAGGCUGAGCUUGACUGAGUUCUCCCUGCCCAAGUUUUAUUUGCUGUUUGGGAUCAGCAAAGUGAAGUCGGCGGCGGUGAUCGCGUUCCGCUCCAGCUACCGCGACCGCUCCUUCUCGCCCGGCUCCUACGAGCGCGAGACCUUCGCCCUCACCUCGCUGGAGACGGUCACCGAGGCCCUGCUGGAGAUCAUGGAGGCCUGUAUGAGGGAUAUUCCAACGUGCAAGUGGCUGGACCAGUGGACUGAACUAGCUCAAAAGUUUGCAUUCCAGUACAACCCCUCCCUGCAGCCAAGAGCACUGGUUGUCUUUGGCUGUAUAAGUAAACGAGUGUCCCAUGGACAAAUAAAACAAAUAAUCCGAAUUCUCAGCAAGGGACUUGAGAGCUGCUUAAAAGGCCCUGAUAAUUAUAAUAGCCAAGUUCUAAUAGAAGCCACAGUUAUAGCCCUCACCAAGCUGCAGCCUCUUCUUAACAAGGACUCCCCUAUGCACAAGGCUCUGUUCUGGGUGGCCAUGGCUGUGCUGCAGCUGGAUGAGGUGAACCUGUACUCGGCAGGGACAGCCCUGCUGGAGCAGAACCUGCACACCCUGGACAGCCUGCGCGUGUUCAACGACAAGAGCCCAGAAGAAGUGUUCAUGGAGAUCAGGAGACCACUCGAAUGGCACUGCAAGCAGAUGGAUCAUUUUGUUGGGCUAAAUUUCAACUCCAACUUUAACUUUGCACUAGUGGGACAUCUCCUGAAAGGGUACAGGCAUCCUUCCCCUACCACUGUAGCAAGAACAGUGAGGAUUUUGCACACACUCCUUGCUCUGGUUAACAAACACAGGAACUGUGACAAGUUCGAGGUGAACACCCAGAGCGUGGCUUACCUGGCAGCCCUGCUGACGGUGUCGGAGGAGGUGCGGAGCCGCUGCAGCCUCAAGCACAGGAAGUCUCUCUUGCUGACAGACGUUUCAAUGGAGAAUGUUCCCAUGGAUACGUACCCCAUCCAUCACAGUGACACUAGCUAUAGGACACUAAAGGAACACCAGCCCUGGUCAUCCCCCAAGGGGUCAGACAGACACCUGGCUGCCAGUUACCCAACAGUGGGACAGAUCAGCCCUCGCACCCGGAAAUCCAUGAGCUUGGACAUGGGGCAGCCUUCACAAGCCAACACUAAAAAGCUUCUAGGUACAAGGAAAAGUUUUGACCAUUUGAUAUCGGACACAAAGGCUCCUAAAAGGCAAGACAUGGAAUCUGGAAUCACAACGCCUCCCAAAAUGAGGAGAGUAGCCGAAAAUGAUUAUGAAAUGGAAACCCAGAGAAUAUCACCACAGCAGCACCCGCACCUCCGGAAAGUUUCCGUUUCCGAGUCAAACGUCCUCCUGGAUGAAGAAGUUCUGACUGACCCAAAAAUUCAAGCUCUGCUGCUUACAGUUCUUGCCACGCUGGUGAAGUACACCACGGACGAGUUCGACCAGCGCAUCCUCUACGAGUACUUAGCAGAGGCCAGCGUUGUCUUCCCAAAGGUCUUUCCUGUUGUGCAUAAUUUAUUGGAUUCCAAGAUCAAUACCCUUUUAUCGCUGUGCCAGGACCCAAACUUGUUGAAUCCAAUUCAUGGGAUUGUGCAGAGUGUUGUCUACCAUGAGGAGUCUCCACCCCAAUACCAAACAUCCUAUCUACAGAGUUUUGGAUUUAAUGGGCUGUGGAGGUUUGCUGGCCCCUUCUCCAAGCAAACCCAAAUCCCAGACUAUGCUGAGCUCAUAGUGAAGUUCCUGGAUGCCUUGAUUGACACAUAUUUGCCUGGAAUUGAUGAGGAAGCCAGUGAAGAAUCUCUCCUGACCCCCACCUCUCCAUACCCUCCAGCAGUGCAGAGCCAGCUCAGCAUCACUGCAAACCUCAACCUCUCCAACUCCAUGACCUCACUUGCCACUUCCCAGCACUCCCCAGGGAUCGACAAGGAGAACGUGGAGCUCUCGCCCACCGCCGGCCACGCCAACAGCGGGAGGAUGCGCCACGGCUCCGCCAGCCAAGUGCAGAAGCAGCGAAGCGCCGGCAGCUUCAAGCGUCACAGCAUCAAAAAGAUCGUGUGAUUGUCGCUUUUUAAUUUUAUUUUUUAUUUUCGGACCUGACUGACACGCGCGGCCCCUCGCGAAGGGCCCUCCACCGGGUGUGAUGCUGCACUUGACCUGUACAGUUCCCAUCCAGCCGCGUUGCCAGAUGAUCAACUCCUGACCCACUGCCUGAGUUAACGCCUUCCUUCACCCCCUGCUGGCCUCCAGCCGUGUUCAGAGCCACGCCUGUGCCCCGGGCGAGGCUGGAGUUCGGUAGCGCUGCAGAGCCGCGUCCUGUUCGAAUCCAAAGCCAUUCCCCAGCCCUGCCAUGUCUGCUCUGGCCUCAGGUGUUCCUGCUAAGGGAAGUGUUGAUCCUUAACCCCGUUUGCACGCCUCAAGGUAAUAGUGGCUUCCUGAGCCAGGGAAGUUUCUCUAACCCUGGUUUUAAUCCAAACUAUAAGAUUUUAGCUGUGUACUUUUUUUUUACCACACUGAGAAGAAGUUCAUGAUAGCUGCAGUACAAGGAGCUUAGCAGAAGUGGUGGAUUAGGUUAAAUUUCAGGUAAUUAGCAAUAAAGGGGAGAGGAAAAGGAGGCUGCAGGAGUCCCUCAUUCCCCAGACCAAGCUUCACACACUUGGACUGUACAUGGACCAGACUGGACAAACUGGCUUUUUUCCCAAAGCUUUUUUUUUUUUUUGGCUGUACUUUAUCUUCCCUGAGGAAGUUGUACAGGGGAAAAUCCCUGGGAACUGAGCCUCGAGCUGUCACUGUAGCACCUGCUUUAGUUCUGCUCUUCCCAACAAUGUGCACCUUCAAGAGGUCCUGGCAGAAUAUCCAGUUGGGAAUGGAGGGAAAAUGGGAUGGAUUCACAGCCGGCUCUGGGGGAUAGUGUGUGGCACAGCUGCCCCUGUGCUGCCCGAGCAGGGACACAAACAGCCACGUGUGCUCAAGGUACAUGAGUUUCAAUAACUGACACUGUGUCCGAUCCAGGGCGGCCUGGCGGAGGCGCAGUCCCGUCCCGGGCUGGGUUCAGGGCUCCUGGGGGCUCACACAGACCUGGGGCUGCGGUUCCUGCCGGGGCUGCGGUUCCUGCCGGGGCUGCGGUGGCGGGGAGGAGCCGCUGGCUGGCGGGGAGGAGCCGGUGCCCGGUGCCGGUGCCGGGGCUGGUCCCGCUGCGGUGCCAGAGCCCGCGGGCACGGGCGGGGCGAGCUGGAGUCCGGGCAGGGGCCGCGUCCCCGGGGCUCGCUCAGCUCCGCUCAGAAACGCUCAGAUCCGCUCCCCGGUUUCAGAUCCCUCUGCUGGGGGAGGAAUUAACAAUCCUUCAGUGGCUUUAAAGGAAAAAAAAGUAUAUCCAUUAGGUAAAAGCCAGUCCUCCAGUGCAAUCGUUAGUGGCUUUCAGUAAAUCAAACUCCACAGCUAAAUUAUUAGAGAAUGGUACAAUUAAGGGUUCCAAUUUAUUGCUAUAGCACAUAAUUCCCAUGUAUCCACACAGUAACAAUGUAACAUUUAUGUAAAUAAAAAUACCUUUAUUGUAUUGAUUCAUAAAAUAACAAUUUCUUUAAUUUGUUUACAGUCCUGGAAAAACUAUGAACACAAACUUCAUAUGCAAGUAGUUUGCCAAAACAAGAGGAAAACUUAGAAUUAGCAGUCAUGGGAUAAACAGGCUAGAAAGAUGAACUGGUGCAAUUACCCAAAUCCCCUCACUCGGGUGGUGCAGGCGCCAGGGCAGGAACGUGGUCACUGGAGACACAGAGCGGGGUCUGAGCAGGGCCACGAGGCUGAGCUGGGCUCAGGGACAGAGCAGGGGCUCAAGCCUUGGGUUUGGGGUCCCCAGGUUAGAAACCAUUGUCAUCUCACAACUCAAAUUGUGAGGAGCCACCCCUGGUGUCACUGGGGUUUGCACUGGGUUGUGCCCAGUUGAGCUGGUUCCAGCCCUUCCCGUUUUGCUGAGGACAAGGAAUUGUAGAAGCCUGAGGAUUUGUAUGUAGGAGUAAAACAACCUCUUGUGAAGGUGGUGUGCUGUUUUCAGUUGUUUCUCAUAUGAGCAGGUCUCCUGCAGACAGGAACAGUAACUCCAGAGGAACUGCCCGACUGGCUUUGUUUGGGCAGAGAGCAAGCCCUUCACUGUCUGCAUCGCCCAUGUCAGAAGUGUCCCUCCAUCAGAACUGCUGUGUUCUCUGCAGCACAGAGAUGUGGCAGCAGAGGGGACAGGGAUCAAAGUCACCUUCCCUGUGAGAACUACUCCAGGCUCUCAGUCCCAGCUGGAAAAAAUGAUCUCUUCCUAAAGUCAGUGAACAAAACUGAAUUUCCUCUUUCCUGGAAAGAGUGGGUUGGAGUUUUCCCUGUGUGAGAGGUUCAGUGAGAGGGCCUGGACUCUGGCAGAGCAGAGGUAUCAGACACCUGUGUCAGGUAACAGGUGAACUGGGGUGUAAGGACUGCUGAUGGCCAGGGUUGGAUUUGGGAUCAGGUGUGCCCUGAUAGACAGGAACGUUGUCUCCUAGUACCGGUGCUUGGGAAGCUUGUGCUUGGCUCCCAGGGAACCGUGGCCUUUGUGUAAUGAUUAAACUCCCAUCAGUAAUUAGUUGUUGAGUGCCUUACUGUCACUACAUUGCUCUCCCACUCCCCCCAGCAGCCACUGCUGGGAUUUGCCUCUUUUUCUUUCUCACAUCCUCCUUCCUUUGUUCUUUCCCUGUUUGAGCACUCCCCAUCCCAUCCCAUCCCAUCCCAUCCCUGGGAGCUCUGCUCCCAUCCCGGGCUGCUCCAUCCUUUCCCCACCUGCUGCUCUGUUCUCUGGUGACCAGCAGGUUGUUGCUGGUGACAGUGUGGGUGUGAGCCCUGACCUGACAGGGAGCCCCAUCCCAGGGUCCCCAGUGCCCCACGCUCCAGGCAGCCCGCGGGCCACUGGCAGUGCCUGCUGCUCCAGGCUCUGCUGCUCCAGGCUCUGCUGCUCCAGGCUCUGCUGCAGGGCUGGAGCUGCAGCCCCAGAAUCCCUGUGCUCUGACAUGAAAACUGAAAAUUCAGAAAAAUCCCAUUGGAACACGUGGACCAUGUAAUGCCCUCCCGGGAGCAUGUGUGCCCCUGGCUCAGAGCCCGUUCCCUGCCCCACACUGACCACAGCUCAGUACUGUAAAGACAAUUAACAUUCUGUUUGUGUUUGUACUUUCCCUGACUUAAGGAUAACUCAGUAGUAUUUGAAUAGUGUAUAACCUACCUGUAAUGAUGCCGACGUUUCUGCUUUCCCGUGCAUGAGGUUUCCCAGGACAGGGAACAUUUCACUGAGUCUGAGGGCUGAGCCCCUGGCUCGUGCCAGGGCUGGCUCUGACCUGACCCGGGUUGUAGGUUUUAGGGCUUUUUCUGUUUCAUUCUAAGGUUAAUUUUUUCCGAAGUCACAAAGCACGUCCUAUUGUUAUGCAACAAACCACAGACAGUCACUCAGAGUGUUGGUCCCACCUUUUUUUUUAUGCAGUAUAUUCACCUGUAAAUAGGUUUUGUGUAAAAUUUGACAGAAAAGUAUAUUUACUACACUGUAAAUACAUGUGACAAUAUAUUGUAUUAUUUUGCUUUUUUUGUAAAGCAGUUAGUUGCUGUAUAUGUAUAACAUACAAAUUUGAUUAUUCUAGUGUUAGUAACUGUUAACUACUCCUCUCCCUCCUGCUGGUGCAUUCCAUCAUUUAAAGCAGAAGCUGUGUCCGACACACUCACCCUGUGUAUGAUCUCACUGCUUCCAGCGGCCUCGGCUGCCCAAGGGUUUCCACGCCGCCAGUCCUGGCUGUGCUGUCAGAGCCAGGGGGUGAGCCUGGAGAGCCCGCUGCUCCCCAGCUGCUGGGAGCUGUGGGUCAGAAUGGUGGAAACCUGCUUUCAGAUAAUUAUUGUUCACCCCAUCCUCCCCUCAUGUAUGUACUUCCCCUUUUUUUUUGAAGUAAAAUGUAAAUUGAACCUGCUCCCAGUUGUUUGAAGGUCAUUGCGGGGCUGCAGGGUGAAGGUGGUGGACACUGAUGUCCUCUCUCUGCUGGAACAAGCUUGGGUGGUCUCCUUGGGGCUGAACCAAGGCACCCAGCCCAGUUACAGAGCCCAACACCCCACUUCUUCUGGGGAAAUGAAGAUUCCAGUUCAAAUUGAGUGUCUGGGGUUUGUCUUCCCAGACUGGUGCUGCUCUGGGUGUGGGAUCCUGCACAGAUCUGAGAUUGCCUGCGGUGACUGAGGAAGAAAAAAGCCCAUUGUCAUGAAUUUCAUGUCACUUCAAUAAGAUUAUCAUAACUGAAUAAUAAAUCAGAAUAUUUCUUUUUAAAAUGUAAAUUUAAUAUUGUAAUAAAACAGCUGCUUGGUCUUUAAAGAACAAUUCAGUAUAAUUUGUCUAUUUGAGCUUUUUUUGCCUAGAAGCUUGAGGUUUCAGCUGUCAGGCAACUUCUCUGACAAAUGAUUAAUCACAUCUAUUUUUCUUUUAGGGGGAUACAUUACUUCCCCAUUAAAAGUGUAUAAGUACUUAUAUUCUGACUUUGUGAAUCGUAAAAGGAUGUAAAGACACAUUAAAGUGUGACUGCAUUGAC